CCCUCCCUCCCAGCUUCCGAAACCACCUUACCCUGUCCCGUUACAGUUGAGCAAAGAAAGUCCUAAAUUGAGGAGGGAGAGAGGAGCUCUCAAGCAGUGCUCCUCCCUCUGCAAAGGCUCUGCCCGAACUGGCGCUUGGGACUGAAAGGACGCCUCUUACCGUCUCCAUGGAAACCCAGCCGCGCUCCUUUCCUGAGAGAAGCAAGCGGACGAGCUGGGCGCCAUCUUGCCGUCUCCAUAGAAACGCGGCCUACUCGGAGCGCCGCCGCCAUGCUCCUCCACCUCCCCUGAGGGAAGAAAGCAGCGAUGACGGAGGCCGCUUGGAACGAAGACACGGGCGUGGCGGUCUACCGCUCCCGGGACGCCAUCCGCAACCUGCAUAUCAGGAAAGCGCAUUUCUCGGCCACGCUUUUAACCCCCGCCCCGGGCCUGGCACCUCCCGCCCAUGAGCCCACUCUGCCAGACGAGCACCUCUGCUGCCAGAAGAAGCAGCCCACUCCUCAGAAACGGAUAGAUACUUUAAAUAAAUACCAAAGGCAGGCAAAAGGGACGCCUCCCUCUGGGACCCCAUCGCGCUCUUCCUCCAAGGAGCCCAGAGUGGCGGACUUGGUGACUUUUACCCCCACAACAACCCUGGUCUGCAUCCAGCGAGUGACCUCCACCAGCCUUCUGCUCCAGCAGCUGCAACAGCCCCCCUGCCAGCCCUGUGGGCAUCGUCCUGAGGAGGAGAAAGAGGAGGCUGUGAUUGGCUGGCAAGAGAAACUCUUUAGCCAGUUUGAGGUGGAUCUCUACCAGAACGCGUCCACCUGCCAGAGCCCGUUAGACCGGCAGUACCACGAGGACAUUGUGAAGCUAGAGAAGUCCGGGGGGCACAAGAACUGCCGGAUCUUCACCUACACGGACCACGACCGCUUCACCAACCUGGAGGAGCACUGCCAGCGGGCGACCACGUCCGCCACCGAAGCCCCUUCCUACCUGGCGGAGAGGAUGGCCCACGUGAGGCGGCGGCGUCAGGAGCGCCGGCCGGUGGAAGGAAGCGCCCUGAAGUCCCGGAUCAUCACCUGGGAGCCCUUGGAGGAAUUCAUAAAGAACAACCACGUCAUUAACACCCCGAUGCAGACCAUGUACAUCAGGGGGGACCUGGGGCCCCACGGCAAACUUGGCUGCAGGGAGUUUGAGCACGUUCUUUGCACCAUCAAAGUGGACAGCAACAGUGUCCUCACCGUCAAGCCAGACUUCACAGGCACAAAAGGGCCCUACAGGAUCAAGCUGGAAGGGGAGAAGAGAGAGCUCUGGAAGUUCACCCUGGAGAACGCCUCGGCCCAGGUGCUGCAGGAGGAGGAGGAGCGGGAGCAGCGCGUUCUGAAGGAUCUAUACAGCCGGCACAAGGAAUACCUCCACGGCCUUGUGGGCGCCGACUUCCAGAUGACGCUUCCCGACACCCUCCGGCUCUUUGUUAACAGCGAAAUCGUUUCAGCCCAGGGCUACAAGUAUGACAAUCUCUACAUCCACUUCUUCCUGGAGCUGCCCAACCGCUGGUCCUCUCCUCCGUCUCAGUCGCUCUCCGGAGUGACACAGACUUGCGCCACCAAGAUGCUUGGCAGGGACAAGGUGGCCUUCUUCUCCUUCCCUUUCACCCUGAAGAUGUUCUUUACCCAAGAGGACGAGCUGGAAGGCUCCCUCCCCCAGUGGCCCAUGCUCUACUUUGAGGUCCUCUCCAUGGAUUUUUGGCAGAGGUUCCGUGUGGGAGGCUACAGGUUUGUGGUGCUGCCAGCAACGCCAGGAACUCACACCUUGACCGCCUCCACCUGGCGUCCCAUGGAGCUGGGCACCUUCUCGGAACUGCAGCGGUUUUUUAUUGGGGGAUCGCCAGAGCUGGAGGAUUUGACCUACGCCAGGGUGCCCGGCACCUUCAAGGGCAACCGCCUGAGCCGAUUUGGCUUCCGCACGGAGACCACAGGCAGCGUCACCUUCCGGCUCAACUGCCUGCAGCAGUCCAAGGCCUUCCUCGAGUCCAGCUCCAUGAGGAAGCGUAUGCAGAGCAUCCUGGACCGGCUGGGGGGCUUCAGCCAGCAGGGAUCCCUCUACAACGUCUUGGAGGCAUUCCAGCGGGCCCGUCGACGGAUGCAGGAGGCCCGGGAGAGCCUCCCCCAGGACCUGAUCGGCACCCUGGCCUCUCCGAGACCACUGUGACGGGCGUAGCCGGUGGCCCUGGCUUCUCCUCUCCCUCACAGCUAGAACUGUCGCCUCUGAGCUGGUCUGGCCCAGUUCCACCAGGACCUCUGCACGCCGGCUGCAAGGAGGCGUCUUCCACGACUUCUCCU